AAUCCAAAGGGUUGGACCGAAGAGCGAAUCUGACAACAAUGAGCACGCCGAGUGCCGGAGCAGAUACAGUGAACCCUAAUCAUCCACGCUGUAGUAUCCUCCUGGUGUACACAAAUGGGUGAAAUAGAAAUGCAUCGCCCCUAAAAUCCUUGUUCAUUCUCACAGUCCUUACACAACUAAUAUGCAUUAGAAGAAAGAUUCAAUCCUUUUAUAGAUAUGUGAAAGAAAAUCUGUGGGUGUUCCCGCCAAACCAUCUAUAUAUGCCUCGUACUUUAGCCGGAAAACCACUCACCAGUUACCAUACCAUACCAUGGCCAGCCUCAAAACCCUUGCUAUCGUACUGUUCAUAUUUUCCACUUCUCUGAUAUUCCGGCCAUCCAUUGCCGGAACGAUAGGCGGAUUGCGGCUAAAGGUUACGCAUCGCGACUCCCCUGACUCCCCCUUUUACGAGCCAAAUGCCACUGACUAUGACAGGGCAAGGCUCGCCUUCGACCGCUCGCAGUCUCGCGCCUGCUAUCUCAAGCGGGCUCUCGAAGGAAAAUCUCUGGUCACCGGAUACUCGCCCUCGAGUAUCAAAUCUUCUCCUUUGAAUGUUGAUGGUGAGUACAUUGUAACAGUCCUGAUCGGGACCGAUCAGCAGGAAGUUCCACUAGUCAUGGACACUGGGAGUGACCUCACAUGGACCCAGUGCGACCCGUGCAAGAUCUGCUUCAAGCAGCCGGUUCCACUUUUCAGACCUGCCGGUUCGGGGACCUACGAGCAGCGUGACUGCACCGAUCCCCUGUGCAAAGAUGUAAAUCCGGGCUGCUCAGGGAAGUGCACAUACCAACAAACUUACCUGGACGGAUCAAAAUCGAGCGGGAACUACGCCACCGAAGUGUUCUUCUUCAAAUCAGCUGAAUUUGGGCUUGUCAAUGCUAGACCAGUAGCGUUUGGAUGUGGUGACAACAAUGUCGGUAUGUUCGACGGUCAUGCGGCAGGGGUACUGGGUCUAGGGGGAAAUCCGCCCUCCAUUGUCAGCCAAUUUGGCGACACACUCGGCCACGUAUUCGCGUACUGUGUCCUUUCAUCACUCGAGCCGGGAUUGCUAGUCCUUGGCCCUAGCUUCCACAGGCCUCAAGAGGGGCUCCAAAAGACUCCACUCCACUCAUCCACGCCUUAUAUCCUCGAGCUCAUGGACAUCAGUGUCGGGGGAGUGUCCAUUGGCGUUCCCCCGGGAACAUUCGAUCCAACGAAAACAGAUCAGGCUUUCGUCAUCGACUCCGGCAUCUGGUACUCCUACUUGCCCCAAGAUGUCUACAACAAGGCCGUUGCUGCUGUGAAAAACGCAGUCCAUUUUCCGGAGCUCGGCCUCCCGUUCGGGCCAUUCGGCCUCUGUUACAAUGUGACCACUCCAAGUGACAUUCUUCGCUUUCCGGAGUUCACUUACCACUUCUCCGGCGACGCCAACUGGAGGGUGGGCCCUCAGAAUAUGUAUAUAGGGGAGGAAAACAAUGUGGUUUGCCUUGCUGUGGCUCCUGACCAGAAAUUAGGUGCUCUUGGCAUAAGGGCACAACGUGAUACAUAUGUGGAGUACAGCACAUUGAGAGGAGUCCUUAAUUUUGGUCCGGCAAAUUGUGCAGAAUUGUAAGUUUUUUUUUGUUUUUGUUUUAGUAAAUAAG